CACGAACAUUAUUUAUGGACGGACUAAAAAGGAAAGUAAGAACAUUAAAAAUGGACGGAGGAAGUAAUAGCCUGAAAGUCCUCCAUCCAGCUCCUCUGUAGAAAAUUCCCAAAGUACUCCGUUUGAGAUUGUGGCAGUCUUCUCUCUAGAAAAUUUCAGGCAGAGCCUGUGAAACAGUGCUUAAUAAGUUCAUAUUCAACUCAUAAAGAGAGGCACUGCAGGUCUGCAAUAAUUUUCUCUUUCUAUGAAAUUUCCUAUUUUGGUGUCAAUUCGAGACGCUUCCUUACAUGGGAGAGAUACAGUAAUUUGUAGGCAUAUACAGUAUACAAACACCCAUAAACCCAACACCUUUCUCGGUCUUAUUUUAAAAUUGUACACUUUGGAGCUGGAUCAAAGUCAAUUUCGAUCACAAUUUUGUUCUGCGAAUUUUAGCGGAAGAGGGAUAGCUUAGAUUUGGGUUCUUACCUAUAUAUACUGUCUACGAACACACAUGGUUUUCAAGAUUUUCGGCUGAGUUUUGGUGAGGGGAUAACCUGUGUAUUUGCGUACACACUCAGAUCAUAUCAUUACGUUUAUGGUCUAGGAAGGUGCACUUAUAGUUUGGGAGUAAAAAUGGUUAGUGGAAAGUUGUUUCACUGUAGAAGGAACUCAUGGCCUCCUGAAGAAUACAUCAAUCGUACAACUUUACAACUUUUUGAUUCAGACAGUGCUUCUCCACCAUCUCAAGCCUGGAGAAGGAAAUUAAACACUCAUGCCAGCAUUCUUAAAGAAUUUAGUGUUACAUUUACAGAAGCAAUAAAAGUGAUUCGUCUUGGCAUACGUUUGUGGUCAUAUGUAAGAGAAGAGGCCUCCCAUGGAAGGAAAGCACCAAUUGAUCCUUUUACUCGAGAACGUUGCCGGCCAUCAGCUUCCCAGGGUGUUCCACUUGGAGGCAUGGGGAGUGGAAGCAUAUCGAGAGGUUUUAGAGGCGAGUUUAGGCAUUUUCAAAUUCUUCCCGCAACAUGUGAGACUUCUCCGGUCAUGGCCAAUCAAUUUUCAAUUUUCAUAUCUCGAGAUGGAGGAAACAAGAAGUAUGCAUCAGUUCUAUCACCAGGCCGCCAUGAAGGAUUAGGGAAGCAUAAUGAUCAUGGCAUCUCUUCAUGGGGCUGGAACCUGAGUGGCCAGCACUCCACUUAUCAUGCAUUGUUUCCUAGGACUUGGACCAUCUACGAUGGUGAACCCGAUCCUGAACUUAAAGUGUCUUGUCGGCAGAUUUCCCCGUUUAUUCCGCAUAAUUACAGAGAAAGCAGUCUUCCUACAUCUGUUUUCGUAUAUACCUUGGUGAAUACAGGGAAGGAAAGGGCUAAAGUCAGCCUCCUUUUUACAUGGGCAAACUCAAUUGGUGGUGCGUCACACCUGUCAGGAGAUCACAUUAAUGAACCAUUUUUAGGUGAAGAUGGAGUCUCUGGUGUACUUCUACAUCACAAGACCGCGAAAGACAAUCCUCCUGUCACAUUUGCAAUUGCUGCAUGUGAGACUCAAAAUGUGAGCAUCUCGGUGCUACCAUGUUUUGGUUUAACUGAAGGAAGUUGCAUUACAGCUAAAGAUAUGUGGGGCAAAAUGGAACAGGAUGGGCAUUUUGAUCGAGAGAACUUCAACAAGGGCCUAAGUAUGCCAUCGUCACCUGGCGAGACUCAUUGUGCAGCAGUUUCUGCUUCUACCUGGGUUGAACCCCACGGGAAAUGCACUGUUGCAUUUGCUUUAGCAUGGUCAUCUCCUCAAGUAAAAUUCAUGAAGGGAAAAUCGUAUUUUAGGAGGUAUACGAAGUACUAUGGCACCUCUGAGAAGGCUGCUAAAGAUAUAGUGCAUGAUGCAUUGACAAAUUAUAAACUGUGGGAAGAAGAAAUUGAGAAAUGGCAGCAUCCUAUACUUAAUGAUGAAAAACUCCCAGAAUGGUACAAGUUUACACUUUUUAAUGAACUAUACUUUUUGGUUGCUGGUGGGACUGUAUGGAUUGAUGCACAAUGUAGUCAAUAUAUGCAAGGACCUGCGGAGAGCAACAAAUGCAAUAUAACUACUGAAACAGAAGAGGUGGCUCAUGCCCACCUUAAAAAGACUGGUGGUAAUGGGUCCAAAGGUUGUAGCCAAAUUGCCAAUUCCUCUAGUACUUGGCUGGGGCCUGUGAAUGAUGAUGAGGAUGUUGGUAGGUUUCUAUAUUUGGAAGGAAUAGAAUAUAUUAUGUGGUGCACUUAUGAUGUUCAUUUCUAUGCAUCAUUUGCUCUUCUGGCUCUAUUUCCCAAAAUUGAGCUCAGUAUACAGCGUGAUUUUGCGAGAGCUGUCCUAUAUGAAGACGGAAGAAAGGUUCGGUUCCUAACAGAGGGAAAUUGUGGCAUUCGAAAGGUCAAAGGCGCUGUACCCCAUGAUCUUGGAACUCAUGACCCAUGGUUUGAAAUGAAUGCAUAUAACAUACAUGAUACGAGUCAAUGGAAGGAUCUGAAUCCGAAGUUUGUGCUUCAGGUGUAUAGAGACUUUGCUGCAACAGGAGACUAUUCUUUUGCGACUGAUAUCUGGCCUUCUGUUUGUGCUGCAAUUGAAUAUAUGUACCAGUUUGAUCGAGACAACGACGGCCUUAUAGAAAAUGAUGGAUUUCCAGAUCAAACCUAUGAUGCUUGGACGGUUCAUGGAAUAAGUGCUUACUGUGGUUGCUUAUGGCUUGCUGCACUUCAUGCUGCUGCAUCAAUGGCCUUGCAACUUGGCGACAUUGCUUUUGCAGAGGUAUGCAAAGGGAAAUUGGUGAAAGCCAAGUCAGUCUUCGAAAGAAAGCUGUGGAAUGGCUCUUACUUUAACUAUGACAGUGGGUCAAGCAGUAACAGUAAAUCAAUCCAAGCCGAUCAACUAGCAGGACAGUGGUACAUCGCAUCUUCAGGUUUACCUGAUCUUUUUGACAAUGUAAAAAUCCAAAGCACCCUUCAAAAAAUAUAUGAUUUCAAUGUCAUGAAAGUUCAAAAUGGGAGGAUGGGUGCAGUGAAUGGAAUGCACCCUAAUGGGAAGGUGGAUGAGACUUGCAUGCAAUCCCGUGAAAUUUGGUCUGGGGUCACCUAUAGUGUUGCUGCCACCAUGAUUCUUGCUGGGAUGGAGGAGCAGGCGUUUGCAACUGCUGAAGGGAUAUUUAUUGCAGGCUGGUCUGAAGAGGGCUUUGGAUACUCGUUUCAAACUCCAGAAGCAUGGACUAUGGAUGGCCACUUUCGGUCUUUGACGUAUAUGAGGCCGCUUUCUAUUUGGGGAAUGCAGUGGGCACUAUCAAUGCCCCAAGCUGCUAUGGAAGCAGCUAGGAUCAAUGUAAUGGACAGAAUACAGACACCGCCUCACAGUCCAAAACCUUCUCAUGAUUCUGGUGUUAGAAAAAGAGCAACCAAAGCAAAGUGCUUCGGGAAAUCUGUGUUCCAUUGUGCUUGCUGAAUGUUGAGUCUUGGAUUUUAGGUUAAAAUCCAUGUACCGCUUGGGUGUCCUCCUAAUUUGCAGUGAACUCCACUUCUUUCCCAAGUCAUUUCGAAGUUAAGUUCCCCUCCCCCCGCCCCCCUUUUUUCCUCAAAAAUUGUACUAAGUUAAUAUAAACAAUAUGAAUUAAUCAUGAAUAAUUCUAAGUUAUGAUG